AUGAUGGACGUCGAUAGUAACGGUGUCGACGAUCGGGCUCGACGAGCUACCAGCGUACUUUCUAUGGACGACAUUGAGGCCGCGCAGGCGCUUGAGGGUCUUCGUUCAGAUUUCGCAUACACUCCUCCUCAUCCCACUGCCCUAUCGCAGUCGCACUCUCGACAGAAUUCGAUCCCCGCUACCCAAAGUGAACAAUCUCAGGCCGAACCGUUGAUAUCACUUCUGACUUCUACACAUCCUUUGAUCUCGUCCGCUAUCAAUAGUUCCAUGUCCGCAUAUACUUCUUCGAAAUCAUACUCGUCACGGUUCAAGUACGGUGCAGAGUUUCUCGAGCGCAAUAUCGGGUCACCCGUGGCGAACACAGUCGGCAGCGUUAGCCGCAAAACCGGUGUAGAGGGAGGUCUUCGAUGGGCGCUUCAGCGUCGGGAUACGAACGAGUCAACUGAUCGAAGCAAGCGACGAAAGACAAACCCGAAUUCGACUGAGGUAGACGAAAAUACAGAUAUCGAAAAAGCUUUGCCCCCACUAAGCGAGAUGCACCGCAAUCGAUCAAUGUCGGAGACGUCUUAUUCGGAGACUUUACCGCCGUAUGAUGAUCAGAAAUCUCCCAAUUACGAAGAGGUCCAGCAACAUAGCCGCCCGUCCAACACUUCAGAGCAGAACAAGACAUGGCAAAAACGUCUUAUGAUUUCAACAUCCGGCCUCGGUGUAGCAAUGAGCGAAGAGUCCCUGCGACGCUUGACAUAUUGCCUAAAGUGGCUCAAAUGGGCAAAUGGCCGACUCAAUUCGGCUGUACUAGCUUUGAAGAGCAUGCUUGAGAAAUGGGAAGAAGAGAAGCUGAAGAAUUCGACGGACGAAAACUCUUCGCAAAAUCGUGCGUUGCUACUACAGCAUAUGCAGGCAGUCAAAGAAGAUGUGCUGCGCACACUCAAGCAAGUCGUGAAUAUUGUGUCUAAGUACACUGGAGGAGCGCUACCGGAAAACGCGGGAACCCUAGUCCGCAGCCAUCUCGUUUCGUUGCCUCAACGAUUCAAGAUUGCAUCUACAUCCAACUCAUCCCCAGACUCUGCUGGGUCAGGCUCUGAAGAAGCGUCUAGUGCACAUCGUGUUCUUGUGCUGGCCCAGGAGGGCCUUGAGAUGAUGUCGCAGGUCCACCGCGUCGUCGAUGAGACUUUGAUCAGUGCACAGACAUGGUGUGAACGACUUGGUCGUAAGCUUCCAGAUCUCAAAGACGACGAGUCGCACGAGAACCCGCCAGAAGACAGAUCGAAUGGUGCGCAUCAAUACGGCCAAGCAGCAGUUUUGGCUGAUUUUAAGCAGCCAAUCGUCAAUACUUCGAAUGUCGACGUCGAAAUGACCGGCACCGAUGCCGUUUGA